AUGAAACUUCGUCGACCAGGAUGCAAGUGUCUUGGAUGCUGGUUGCAACACAAGAACGUACCGCCACUUAAUAGUGAAUAUGAGGUUUUUGAUACAUAUACUGAAGUAUGUCAUAUUUUUCUUAGUGUAAUGCUGGUUCCUAUAGUCAAAACUGCUCGAAAAGGUGUAGUGUGCAUUGUGCAGGUGGACACGGAAAUUGCAAUACUAUCAAUGGACAUUGUCGAUCAGGUUGUAAUCCAGGGUGGACUGGCACACUUUGUGACAAAGAUACCCGAUGAUGUUUUUUUUUUAAUCUUUAUUACUUAUCUAUUAUAUACAAGCAUUUGCAUGUAUAUAUUGUCAUAUUUUUCUUCUUAUCUUUUCUAUAACUUGUCAACAAAUAUAUAUUUACUUAAAAGCAUAAUUUUGAAAAUAGAGUGUAAUGCUAGUUUCUAUGGUCCAAACUGCACGGACAAGUGCAGUGAACAUUGUGCAGGUGGACACGGAAAUUGCAAUACUAUCAGUGGACAUUGUCGAUCAGGUUGUAAUCCAGGAUGGACUGGCCCACUUUGUGACAGAGUUUAACUAAAUUAAUUAUCUAAAGGAUAAUUCGCAUAAACGUUUCAUAUACACAUGCUAUUUAUAUUUGCAAGUUCAUUUAUUGUAUAUGUCAUUUAAAUCACCCAGCGGAUUAUCGCAAUAUAUAGCAAGUAAUAAAUUACAGCAAAAUGAUGUUUACUCUUUUUGUAAUAUAACGCACGAGUAACAAUGAACACAUUACCUCGAGA